ACCCGACCAUGUCGUCCUGCAGCCGGGUGGCCGUGGUGACCGGGGCCAACAAGGGCAUCGGCUUCGCCAUCGCGCGCGAGUUGUGCCGGCAGUUCUCGGGGGACGUGGUGCUCACCGCGCGGGACGAGGCGCGGGGCCGGGCGGCGGUGCAGCAGCUGCAGGCCGAGGGCCUUAGCCCGCGCUUCCACCAGCUGGACAUCGACGACCUGCAGAGCAUCCGCGCCCUGCGCGACUUCCUGCGCCGCGAGUACGGGGGGCUUGAUGUGCUGGUCAACAACGCAGGCAUCGCCUUCAAGAGUAAGGUGCUGGGGGCUGGCGUCCCAGGGGCGCCCGCCUCGGAGGACGCUGCGAUGGGGGAGCCCUCCUUUGAGAAGGGAAGGAGGGAACGGGGGGCAGGAGCUGAUCCUACAUCCUUUCAUAUUAAAGCAGAGGUGACACUGAAAACAAACUUUUUCGGCACCCGAGAUGUCUGCACGGAGUUGCUGCCCCUGAUAAAACCCCAAGGCAGAGUGGUGAAUGUGUCCAGCCUGGCUAGUUUCCAAGCCCUUAAAUCCUGUAGCUCAGAGCUGCAGGAGAAGUUCCGUAGUGAGACCAUCACAGAAGAGGAGCUGGUGGCACUCAUGAAUGCGUUCGUGGAAGAUGCGAAGAAUAGGGUGGACCAGAAGGAGGGCUGGCCAGACAUCUCAUAUGGUGUGUCGAAGAUCGGAGUCACGGUUCUGUCCAGAAUCUACGCCAGGAACCUGAGUGCCCAGAGGGGAGGUGACAAGAUCCUCCUAAAUGCCUGCUGCCCAGGAUGGGUGAGAACUGACAUGGCAGGGCCCAGGGCCCCCAAAAGCCCAGAAGAAGGAGCGGAGACCCCUGUGUACUUGGCCCUUUUGCCCUCAGAUGCUGACGGGCCUCAUGGACAGUUUGUUACGGAGAAAAGAGUUGAGCGGUGGUGA